AAUUUUACAGCUUAUCUUCUUGUGUUCGAACAGUUUUUUUUAAAUUUGCACAUGUGUUCCGCGACUCUCACUGUUCUUUUCUUAAUGUUAAAAAUAAAUGUGUCAAAUAAUUUCACACUUUUGUUUUUGUUGUUAUUAAAUCUACUAAUUAGGUUUUUAGUUUAGUUAAAAUUAGUUGUUAAUAAUAUGGAUAAUUCGCCAGAAAUGAAGUUCCGAAAUUUCAUAGAAGCAAAAGUUUAUAAAUUUGAUGAUGAGAAAGUAUCGACGGUUACUUCCAGAGAUCAGAAAAAAACUGAAAACUCUAUUGAGAAAUGUUUUGAUAGAUUUCAACAGCUAAGAUAUUUAGAUCCAAAAGUAGCUAAAUUCUAUCGAGAGGAACAUCAGCGCAUGUUGGAAAGUAUGAUUCACCGCUUGCCAAACAAUUAUGAAUGUUUAGAUAGUAGCCGACCAUGGAAUUUAUAUUGGAUUCUUCAAGCAUCAAAUAUGCUUAGUUUAAACUUCUCCGAUGAGCUUUUAGAAGACGUUGUACAAUUUUUAAUCAAAUGUCGCAGUAAAGAUGGAGGUUUUGCAGGUGGUCCAGGACAAUUUCCUCAUUUAGCAACAAGUUACGCAGCUAUAAACUGCCUUUGUAUGAUUGGAACAAAUAGCGCUUAUGUUGGCAUAGACCGAGACUCUUUAACGAAAUUUUUAUUUUCUGUGCGCGAACCGAAUGGUGCCUUUCGCCUACAUGUUGAUGGAGAGACUGAUGUGCGUGGUGCUUAUUGUGCUAUAGUAUGUGCAAGUCUUGCUAAAUUGCCAGAAAAUGUUAUGAAGAAGCUUUUUGAUAAAACGGGAGCUUGGAUAUCAAGUUGUCAAACGUACGAAGGAGGAUUUGGAGGUGCACCGGACUUAGAAGCACAUGGUGGCUACACUUAUUGUGGUAUUGCAGCCUUAGCUCUUCUAAACGAAACUGAUAAAUGUGAUACUGAAAUGUUAUUGAAAUGGAACUUGCAACGACAAAUGAGUUAUGAAGGUGGAUUUCAAGGUCGUACAAAUAAACUAGUUGACGGGUGUUAUUCUUUUUGGGUUGGUGCGUCAAUAUUAAUUACGCAAGCAAUUAUCAAUAAAAGUAAAAAGUUAACACAAUCAAUUUAUGAUGCUGGUGCACUACAGGAAUACAUAUUAUUAUGCUGUCAAAAGAAAAGUGGAGGUUUAAUAGAUAAACCUGGAAAACCACAAGAUCUUUACCACACCUGUUACACGCUUAGCGGAGUAUCUAUUGCUCAACAUUCAGAAUUUAAUUUAAAUCCACAAGUAUUGGGUGAUCCUAUUAAUGAGCUUAUGCCCACACAUCCGAUGUUUAAUAUACCACCAUUUGCUGUGUCAGGUGCAAUACAGUAUUUUGAUAAACUCAACGAAUUACAGGAAAACUUGAGAAAUAAUUGUGAUGCAACCGAAUAUUUUGAAAUCGAAACUGAAAGCAGAGCUAUGGAAAUAGACCAGGAGGAUGUAACUGAAGAUGAAGUACAACCAAAUCCAACUAGUUAGAAUUUGAUUCUGAAUUUGUUUUCAAAUUACUGCUAUCAAUUAAGAUAUAAAAAAAUAGUGUUCGAAAGUUAGGAACACAAGUGAAAGUAUGUAAAUACACUUAAUUUUAAACAACAAGCAUUUCCUUCAAACUAAGUUUUCUACUAAAGUGUACAACAUUUUAACUUACGAAUUUUAAAUAUUUUUUUAUUAAAUCAAUUUUAAAAUGUAUUAAAAUA